AUGGCGGGAACGCAGUCCCACGUCGAGCAGACCUUCCGGGGUGGAACCACCGGCGCUACCGACUUCGUGCUGAGUGCUCUUUCGAAAGCCCAUCCUCAGUACCCGUCGCUCUGCCAUCAAUUUGUCAGCAAGUGGCUCAAGCCUGGUGUGCCUCGUGUCCUGAGGAUUUUGGAAGUGAAGGUACCAGACGACAUCUAUCAAAAGACUGUCUGCUACAAGAAGGCCAAGGGCAAUGUUCGGCGUCGCUUUCACGGCACCUCGUGCUCUGCACAGUGCAAUUUCUUCGUCGACUUAAAAGGUAAUCCCUGCAGCAGCAAGGCUUGCAACGUGUGCAACAUCUGCACCCACGGCUUCGUGCUGCGAGACAAUGUCCGCGGGACGGCGAGGAGGGCAAACUACCGCCGGCGCUACGGGGAGGGCCUCUACUUCAGCAGCGUGUCUGGCAAGUCUAAUGACUACGCCCAGCAGUCCGAGAAAGUUGGCAGCGACGGAAAAAAAGUGAGGUGCAUGUUCGUCGCCAACGUCACGGCUGGCAACGCCUACCUGACCCAGCAAGGGUCCCUCGGGCAAGACAUGUGCCCCCCCGCCGGAUAUGACUCGGUAGUGGGGGAGGUGGGAAGCGGACUAAUUCAUGACGAGCUGGUGGCAUACGAGGACGAAGCUGCUAUUCCCUCCUACCUGAUUGUGUAUGCCUUGCCCUGA